UAAAAAGUUCAACGGUACUAUUAUUGGUUACCUCUGGAAGGUCAUUUACAUAAAGAAUGAAUAAAAUAGGACCUAUUACACUACCUUGUGGCACCCCAGAGGUAACAUUAAGAAAAGAUGAGGAAGCUCCUUCAACGACAACACACUGUUUGCGAUCACGAAGGUAAUCAGCAAACCAGUUGUGGACCUGAGAUUCCAAACGAUUUAAGUUUGAACAAAAGUUUGCAAUGGGACACCGAGUCAAACGCUUUAGCAAAGUCGUGAUAAAUGAGGUCUGUUUCCUUUCCAGAGUCAAGAGUACGACCAAGGUCGUGAAGUACACUCAAAAGUUGAGUAACACACGACCUUUUACAGCGAAAGCCAUGUUGAAGGUCGUACAAGGAGUUUUCAACAAAAGAAGAAACCUGACUGAAAAUUAAACGUUCGAGAACGUUUGAGACUUGAGAGUAAGGAAACUGGUCUGUAGUUAGUGACCUCCUGAGUGUCACCCUUUUUGAGUAUAGGCACGACAUUAGCAGCUUUCCAUUCAGAAGGAAAAACACUCUGCUGAAGAGAUAACUCAAAAAUAGCAGUCAAAGAAGGGGCAAUUACCUCAGAACAUCGCUUUAGAAGGUAAGCUGGAAUACCUUCAGGACCAGUAGCCUUAGAGGGUGACAAAUUGGACAACAAAGGCUGAACAUCGGAUCCAGUUAUAUUUAAUGAGUCAAGAGAGUUAGAAGCUGAACUAGAGGGAGUGAAAAGAGGUGAAGAACUUGUGUCGGAUAUAAUCCAUUCCUUUAAUAUUUGGAUAUAAUCCAUUCCUUUAAUCUUAAGCAACACAUAUGUGAACCUACUCAUAAAGACGGCCAUACUCUCGACCUAAUUAUUACACGCUAUGAAGAUAACAUCAUUGACUCAUUAUAUAUCAACGACCCGGGUAUUUCUGACCACUUUUCUGUAAAUGUGAAUGUUUUAGUUGAGAAACCUAAACGACAAAGGAAAGAAAUUUGUUGUCGCAAGCUAAGGAACAUAAAUUAUGAAAAAUUUUGUACAGACCUUGAAAGAUCGUCUCUUAUGUCUGAAUCAACUGGGUCCUUGCCAGUCAGUGAACUAGUUGAGGAAUAUGAAACUGCGCUCAGAUCAUUAUUAGACACUCAUGCUCCCCUACAUAAUAAAUUGGUCACAAUACGUGAUUUUUCUCCUUGGUACACACAGGAAAUUCAUACACAAAGAAUUAUUAAAAGGAGACUUGAAAGGCGUUGGUGUUCUUCUAAUAUGGCGACCGACAGAGAUCUGUAUGUUAAGCAAUGUAUGAAAGUCAAUGAUUUGAUCUUUCACUCGAAAAUGUCUUUUUAUGGUGAUUUGAUUGAUAGUUUGGGACCUGAUCAACGAAAUCUCUUUAGUACUGUAGACAAGAUGAUUCAUAAAAAAGCGGAAAAGCUUUAGCCUUCAUCUGGUGUUUCUGAUAAUUUGGCAAAUGAUUUUGCGAAUUUCUUUUGUAACAAGAUUACAAAUAUAAGAUCAACAUUGCUGUCUGAAACAUCUAUAAAUUUCGAUUAUGACAAGACAUACCCAAUACAGGCUGAGCUAUCCACCUUUCCCCUGUAACAUCUGAAAAUCUUGGGAAAUUAAUUGAUAAAAUGUCAAGUAAAUCAUGUCAACUGGAUACUAUACCAGCUUCUGUUUUUAAAAAGUGUGGUCAUCUAUUACUUCCUGUGAUAACAGACAUUGUUAAUCUUUCUCUGCAUCAUGCAUUGGUCCCACCCAGUUUGAAAAUGGCACUUCUGCUACCAUCUAUGAAGAAACCGUCUCUGGAUCAUGAAGAAUUCUCAAGCUUUCUACCAAUUUCCAAUUUGAAAUUUUUGUCAAAGGCUGUUGAAAAAGUUGUUGCGUCCCAAGUUGAUACUUAUAUUAGGGAUAAUAACUUGUAUGAAGUGUAUCAAUCAGCCUAUAAAAAGUAUCAUAGCACUGAAACUGCUUCAGUUAAAGUUCAAAAUGAUAUUCUCCUGGCAUUAGACAAUCGGUCAUCGGUAAUACUUUUGUUAUUGGAUUUGUCGGCUGCCUUUGACACAGUUGAUCAUCAAAUAUUACUUUCCCGAUUGGAAAAAAGGUUUGGUUUCAACGGUAAAGUCUUGGAAUGUUUUUCAUCAUAUCUAUCUGAUCGCACACAGUUCGUUAAGGUGGAAGGACAAACCUCAAAUUGUUAUGACUUGAAAUAUGGUGUUCCGCAGGGGUCAGUUUUGGGACCCAUGUUGUUUGUGCUUUAUACGUCCUCUCUGGCUGACAUCAUUCGACAACAUGGUAUUGACUUUCACCUGUAUGCGGAUGACACCCAAUUAUAUAUAGUUUUUAAAUCAUCAGUGGAUGGUCAACUUGAUCUAGCAAAAUCCAAGAUUGAAGCAUGUGUCUCUGACAUUGAUGCAUGGAUGACGUCAAAUAUGUUAAAAAUGAACAGAGACAAAACUGAGCUGUUAGUUCUCAGUGCUCGACACCUUCCUCAACCACCUAUUUUUUCGGUUUCGGUGUGUAGUGAGGUAGUCACACCGUCGAACUAUGUUCGAAAUAUUGGAAUGCUUUUCGAUUGUGGUAUGUCCAUGGAGCAACAUAUUACGGAAGUAUGCAAGUCAGGAUUCUAUCAUCUACGAAACAUUAGAAGGAUAAGGAAAUACUUGUCGAAGUCAGCAGCUACAACUCUAGUUCAUGCAUUUAUAACAUCACGGCUUGAUUAUGGUAACUCUUCUUACUAUGGACUACCUAAGCGGCUGAUCCAAAAACUUCAAAGUGUGCAAAAUUCAGCGGCUAGAUUGGUAAACUUAUCUAGACGAUAUGAUCAUAUCUCACCAAUUUUGAGGGAAUUGCAUUGGUUGCCUGUGGAACAACGAAUCAAUUUUAAAAUUAUUCUCUUGACUUUCAAGUGUUUUCAUGACAUGGCACCAUUGUAUUUAAAAGAAUUAGUUAAACCAUAUGAACCAAAAAGAACGUUAAGAUCAUCCUCAAAGAACCUUGUUGAUACAACUAAUUUUAAUCUACGUACAUAUGGUUUUAGAGCGUUUUCUGUUUCAGCUCCAACAUUGUGGAAUGCAUUACCAGACAGAAUACGGAACUGUCAUAAUAUUGAAAUUUUUAAGAAACUUCUUAAGACACAUCUUUUUAGCAUAGUUUUUAAUUAGUUACUUGUAAUAUUUCCUCUUAGUUCUUAGUUAGGUUACAAAUCUUGUAAAGGAUAUUAUUAAUAUGGUGUCAUUGGCGGCAUCCCUUUCAAAUCCAUACAGAAUUGGGCUACCUCGUUUUGGAUACUUACGCUGCUAAAACCGAUGUUAUCUGUACACGCUUAAGUUGUAGAUUUUGCAUAAUAUUACUCUCGCCGUCAGAGUGGAGGGUUUGACUACUUAUCAAGCCCUCGUUUCCAAUUUCAAGGGCUGCCUGCCAUUAACCCACGAUUCGGUAAAGCGAGUUUGUCUGAAGGGUUAUUAAACCUUGAAUUCGCUUUAAAUAAAGCUAAAAUCACUUCAUUUCGCCACAAAAAUUUUAGCGACGAGCAACGUAUUAGUCGCUUUUACUUUAAGCUUCCACUUUAAACUUAAUGUAUACAUUCAAAUCGUAGGUUUGAAAACUUAAACAUAAAAAAUAAUGCAUCAUUUGAGACUCAAACACCUUCCUAAAAUAAUCCUUAUUAUUGAAUAUAUACGUUGUACUCCAGCAAAGGCCCAGGAAAGUAAUUUGCUUUUUGUUUGUGUCCUGUGCGCGCAUAAUUCAGGAACAUGACUCUUGAUUUAUAUCAUCUUCAAUUCCGUAGAUGUAAGUGAAUGUAUGGAAGGGCCAAGUGGUUUAAAUGCCAACUGUACAAAUACCAUUGGUUUAUACAUGAGCGAAUAUAAAAACACUGGAUGUGAAAAAAGUUUUAGAGACCAGCAGCAUGUUGGUUCUUUUAAUCGCAUGCACGAAGACUGCCUUGCUCAUAACUGUCAGUAUAUAUAUAUAUAUAUAUAUAUAUAUAUAUAUAUAUAUAUAUAUAUAUAUAUAUAUAUAUAUAUAUAUAUAUAUAUAUAUAUAUAUAUAUACGAUAUAUUUAUACUAUGUUUGCUUGAUUUUGUCUGGCCUUGGAUACGGCUAGCGUUUUGCGAACCAAAUAAUAAUUGCUCGCUUCUACUUUAAACGUAUAUAGCUACAUUAAAAUCGGAGAUUUGAUGACUUAAAAAAUAAAAAAAUAAUGCAUCAAUUGAUAUUAAAACACAUUCCAAUAGGAUCGCCUUGUUACUUAUAAUAAUACAUUGUCCUGCAUGCAGCUAGGAAAGUAGCUAAUUUGUUUUUUGUUUGUGUCCGGUGUACACGUAAUUAAAAAUAUGGCUUUUGAUUUAUAUCAUCUUCAAUUCCGCAGACAUCAAUGAAUGUGUUGAAGAGCCAUGUGGUUUUAAUGCAAACUGUACAAAUACCUUUGGUUCAUUCAUGUGUGAAUGUCAAACUGGAUAUGAAGGAAACGGAACAAAUUGCACAGGUACAGUAAUUUUUAGUUCUUAUUUUGCUACCUGUUAGCAGAUAAAAGCCAUUUCCAUCCAAGACUAAUGCAAUUACCACUGUCUGCAUUUUUAUAACAGCCAAUCAGGGCCUCUCAAAGGGGGGACGGGCAGUUGUUCCGGGCCCCCAGUUAAAGAGGGCCCAAAAUUUGCAAAAGGGGAACCAUAAAAGGUGUUAUUAAAAAAAAUAUUUGGAACGUUUUUUUUCUAUAAAUCAUGGUAUGAGAAAAAAUGUUAGACCUUAAUUUUACUGGUAUAGGUCCGAAAAAUAUGUUUACUGGUGUUUUUGUUGGUAUUUGUGCGGAAAAAUUUUUUUUGAACCUUAAUAAAUUUAACCGGUCUUUGUGCGGAAAAAUGUUUAAACUUUUUUUUUGGAAAUGUCUGGAAAUUUUUAUUCCUUCCUUCCCCCUCCUGCCGCUAGCCAACAUUUUUGUCGAAAAAUAGGGGCCCCGAAUUAAAAAUUCGCCCCGGGCCUCCAUUUUCUCUGGAAGGCCCUGCAGCCAAUGGUGAUUGGUAAUGCGAGAGGAAGGCAGACCAUUUAAGAGCGGACGUGUGUAAAUAUCGACCGGAGGCGGUCAAAAUAAACUGAUAUCGAAAAUUCUCAAAAAAUGCCCAAACGUAGGCCUAUGUGGGUCAUGUAUGGGAAAAAUACUAAAAAGUCCAUUAGAUUUUUAUUUUAGGAGGAAAAAUGCAAUUUCGUGUUUAUGCGGUCGACGAUCACGAUUUGAGACCGUUUCAACACAUAUCAGAAAAGAAUUCCUAAAAAAUUCUCGUUUUAUUUAAAAAAAAAUAAUUUGCAACUAAUGAAAGAAUGAUAAUUUUGCUGCAUUUCAAGUCUUAAACUUUUGAAUUUGGACUGACUUUGAGUAUUUUACAGAAUUUUAAACUUGUACAAUUUUUCGCAUACAAAAAAUAUGUUUUACUUCAAAGUCAAAAUUUGCACUUUGGCAUAUGGAUUCGGGUAAAAUGACUAUUAAUUAUAUAAUGAAUCUACUAUGCCUCAACUUCCGAAAACUGCAAUAAAAUUUUUGGGCUACUGAAAAGAUGCGAUUUGAGAGCUCUCGUAAAAUCCACUUGAAGGGUCAAAAAGGUCGUCGCAAAAUGGCCGACGAACUCACAUGUUGACAGGAUAAAAAUCAACCACACUUUGGAAUCGUCACAGAAUGCUCCCUAUUUUAGAUAUAUGAAUCCUAAUGUGAACUAAGUAUUAGAAUAGUAAAAGUUUCACAAACUCUUGAGAGGAAAACAUAUCGCUUAAUAGCAUGAUAGUUUCAGUAUUUAUAGUCGCCACAUUACAACUUGCCGACUUGGAUAUUGAAUCAGCUAUCACAUUAUAAACAGUUCUCCUCUCUAAAAUUGCAAUAGAUAGUCAUAAUUUACCUUCAGUACUU